AACCGAUUAUUUUCCUUGUGUUAAAACAGGUAAAGAGAACAUUCGAAAUGGAAUAAAACCCUCGUGUUGAUACGGCAUGUAACAUAAAUUAUGCUCUCGCCUCUCCCUCCCAGUAACCUUCUACUUCUACAAACAAAUCAGUGGGUGGGGAGUCAAUACUGCUCAAGUUGUCUUUUUAAAUCAUAAUCAGGAAUGAUUUCACGUGACAAAAGUAGAAAAGUACAUGUAUCAUGGAUUUGUGACUAGCGACUUCAACGGAUUCUGCACAAAGUCUAAUUUCACUGUCUACUAUUUGAAGAUUGCAGUUUGCAUCAUUUCGUACAUCCUUAUCGUCCUUUGUGUUGUGUUGAUCCCUGCCACAAACUUUUGAAGUUUUGGACCCGAUCGAAGUUUUCCCAGGCUUUUGGACCGCCUGGGCCGAUUCGGAAAUUCGUCCGACUUCUAAGACAGAUUAAUAUAAUAUAAUUAAAUCUAAUCGGUUGUAAAAAAUGCCAAGCAAGAAGAAGUACAACGCAAGAUUCCCGAUUGGGAGGAUAAAGAGGAUUAUACAAACGGACGAAGAAGUUGGAAAAGUUGCCCUAGCAGUACCAAUUAUAAUUUCUAGGACACUAGAACUGUUUGUGGAAUCUCUUAUUAAAAAAUCUAUGAAAAUCACAAUUCAGAAGAAUGCCAGGACUCUUAGCCCUCAUCAUAUGAAACAGUGCAUUCUUUCUGAAAGUCGGUUUGACUUUUUGAGAGAUCUAGUUAGAAACCUGCCUGAAGCUUCAACUUCAGACGACGAUGGAAAUUGGAAUUCAAACGAAAACUGGGGCUCCAAUUCUCAAGAGCAGAGAAGGGAAUCGUCUGAUGAUCCAUCGGAAUUGAAGAUGGAUGAGGACGAAAACAAAUCUGAAAAACAAGAGGAAAACGCUCCAAAGGCAAUGAAUUUUUACAAGGAAAUUGAUUAUACGAAUAAUGGCAAUGGAUCAUCCAACGCUAUGAACGAGUCGGACGAAGACGAUUACGAUUCUUAGUGGGAUGUGUAUGAAAUUAUAAAUAUAUAAGCACAAUUGUUUUUCUAUUUUUAAAAUAAUAAUUUUGGUGCUUUAAAUUUUGUAAAUGUUGUACACAGUUACUAAACCGAAAAUAACUUUGAUGUAAAUAUGUUUAGUGUUGUAUCACAGUAGAUUUGUGUGGACAAGACUGUAAACUCAUUUAUUUUUUCAUAUUUAUUUGUCUUAUUCUUUAAAAAAAAAGUUAAUACUUGUCCAAUUUACAACCUUUUCCAAUUAUAUAUAUUUAUGUUUUUUUUUAUUUUAAUUUUACUUGUAAGUUGUAACUUUUCUGGAUUGGGUAUGGUUGACAUUUAUACCCAAAAAUAAUAAACUGCAGGUUUAUUAAAAAAAACAAGUUAUUUAUAAUAUUUUUGUAUAGUCUAACUUUUUUUAAAUUUAGAUUUCUGAAUUGUUGUUUUUUUUCUUUUUUCCCCCCAAUUUUCCAUUAUUAGGAAUGUACAAAAUGGAAUAUGGUUUCAGAAAAAUUUUCAUUGUGCCAAAAUUUCAAAUUUAAAGCAUUUUUUUUUUUUUUUGUUAUAUAUAAAUGUACAUUUUGUUUAUUAUUUAAUUUUUUUUUUUACUUUUUAUUAUUUUUAUGGUAUAUUGGCUUGAUAGCAAACUUAUGAUGUGCUCGAUUGGCUGCAACAUGGGUAUUGACACCGAAUUGAAAGCAAUAACAGCAUGGAAAUUGUUUAAUGCGUAGAAAUUUGUCUUCCAAUUAGCUUUUAAGAGAUGUUUAGUGAUAAAUAUUUUUUUUAAGUUAGUGUUAUUAACCAGUCAGUUUAAGAUGAUUAUGUAGGGCUGAGCUUUUAUAGUUCCAAUUUCUGACAUUUGUUGAAAUUUUCUUUCAGCCAAUCAUUUAUAAUUUUAGAAUUUAAUUCUUGAUAGGAGGUACAUUUUUUAAUAGUUUUUUGUCUCACCAUAGGCACUAGAUUUAUCCAGCUUUUAUAAACUUAUAAACAAGCAAGGUUUAGAGAUUAAAUAUUAACAAAACUAUAUUACCAAAAUGUACUCGAAAGCCACUCCU